AUGAAUAUGAGUAAUUUAGAAGGAAUAAAUCAUAUAUCAUUUUCAUCAAAUUUUGGUGUGAUUCAAACAUGUUAUAAUGUUCAAGAAUUAAACUUUGAAGCUAGUUAUACAAGUAAUGAAGCAAAUAGAGAAGAAAGGAAAGAAGUAGAAGUAAAAGACGAGAGAAAGCAACGAAGAAUGAUAUCAAAUAGAGAAUCGGCCCGUCGUUCGAGGAUACGAAAGAAGAGACAAAUCAAUGAACUAUGGUCACAAGUUUUGCAACUUCGGAAUGAAAAUCAAGAACUUAUUCAAACACUAAAUCAUGCUUCUGAAUCGCAUAAUAAGGCUGUUCAGGAGAAUUCUAUGCUUAAACAAGAAACGUCUAACCUUCGUCAAAUUAUGUUUACGUACAUGCAACAUGAGAUUGAGAGAAAGAUGAACUCAGAAUUUGAUGUUCAAGAUAUAGAAGUUAACAAAAAGGAAGAGAGAAAUGAGUUAGGAGCAAUUUAG